AGCUGCUCUGCUCUGCAAGGUGGGGAGGGGAGUGGCAAUGUGGCUGAGGCUUCCUGGAGUCUGCUCGUGGGGGCUGCGCUUCGGGUUAAGAGCGGUUCCGCGGCAUCAACAGUUACAGCUUCUUACACUGAAGAGGAAGUUCACCGAAGGCAUGGAGGAAGAAGCAAAAAGGAAAGCUGGUUACAUGGCUGUGGAUAAUCACGUGCAAAACAACCAAGCAUUGGGUAUCGGAAGUGGAUCCACGAUAGUGUAUGCUGUGGACAGAAUAGCUAAACGGGUUCAGGAUGAAAAUCUGAAAAUAGUCUGUGUACCUACCUCAUUCCAGGCUCGUCAACUAAUCUUACAGCAUCAGUUGACUCUCAGUGACCUGGACAGGCACCCUGAGCUCGAUGUUGCUAUUGAUGGUGCAGAUGAGGUGGACUGUGACCUUAACUUAAUCAAAGGUGGAGGAGGAUGCUUGACUCAGGAGAAGAUUGUUGCUGGCUGUGCCAAGAAGUUCGUUGUAGUUGCAGAUUACAGAAAAGAUUCAAAAAGUCUCGGUGAAAAAUGGAAAAAAGGCGUUCCGAUUGAAGUCAUCCCGAUGGCUUAUGUGCCAGUUGCCAAGGCGAUUGCUGCCAAAUUUGGUGGGGAAGCAAAAUUACGAAUGGCUGUCAAUAAAGCUGGACCAGUGGUGACGGAUAAUGGGAAUUUCAUUCUGGAUUGGAAGUUUAGUAGCGUCUCUGAUUGGAGAAAGGUGAAUGUCAGCAUUAAAAUGAUUCCAGACUACCUUUGGACAAGGCACUGGUUAUUGGCACAGUGUUGGGAGAUUUCUCAUUCCCUUCAAGAGAUGAGAGAGGAUAGAAGACACAUUGGAACGUCCAUUACCUUCAAGAUCUCCUUCACUGUCCCAGUAUCAAAAUCCUGGAAUUUCCUCCCAAACUGUGGGUCUUACAACUGUGCCUGGAUGGCAGCAGUUCAGGAAGGUGGCUCGUCACUUCUCAAAGGGAUAGAUGACAAAUGCUGGAGUGGUAGAGACGGGAUUAUUCAUUGGCAUGGCAGAAAGAGUGUAUUUUGGCUUGGAAGAUGGAUCUGUCUGUUUCCGAAACAGAGACUCACAGUGACGAAGAGUGAGAGGAGCUGGGGUUUCUUGUACUUUUAAAGAUCACCUUGCCUUAAAUCAACUGUCCUGCCAAAUACCUUAUGAACACUUUUUUUUUAAACAGAAACAUUUGUUCUGUUAUAUUAAAGAAACUGGGCAUGGGCCAAAUCUUUGCUCACGAAAUGAAUAAUAUCUGCCUUGCACUGAGUUAUUAUGUCCUAAGGGUCAAGAAUUGUGUGGUUUGGGCAUUACACCGAUUCCUGGCAGCUCUCCUUGAAGUAACCAGCCCAUUGACUGCUUGACUGCAAAGCCCAGAGUCAGAAUGGGUUCUCUCCUUGCUUUUGACAAUAUCAUUAUGGAAUAAUUGGAUGAGACAUUAACUGUAUGUGGAGUGCUGUGAACUGUGUAUGGGACUGUGCACUUUUAGGGACCUAUUUCAAACUCUGCCCACAGUUCAAGAUUAUUGAGUGGAAUAGGAAGGGGAUCGUGUGUGGUUUGGGGAGAUGCGAUAGUAAUAUGGAACUAGACUACUUGAGUUUUCUUGUGGUCGUCUCUCCUUGGUGAACUCCUUGACUUUCUGGAUCAUUCUGAAUGUCAUCCCCUCUACAUAAUAGUCUUGAGGAUGGGAAGUUAACCUGUUUUCUUUAUGUAAGAGAAAGAUUCUGAUGGUAGGGAGAAAACCUUAGUUCCUCCUGGUCCCAUGAAUUUUUGUUUUUGUCUUUUUCCACUGGAUGUGAGCAUUGUUGGCAUGGCUAGCAUUUAUUACCCAUCGUAAUUACCCUUGAGAAGAUGAUGGUGAGUUGCUGCCAUGAAUCACUGGAGUGCAUGUGAAGUACGUCCACCCACAGUGCUGUUCGAAAAUCUGUAUUCCAGUCCCGUAAAAGCCAAGGUGCACACUUGACAGCUGAUAUAUUUGCACCAGCGUUUGCUGGCCGUUGGAUUGGUUUGCCAUUUCAGAUGUCCAUGUGGUUUAUAUUAUUGUCCCUGAGAUCAAUCAAGCUGUUUGGUCAUGUGAUUGCCUUAAAGCACCAAUCAUCUUAGUGCUCUGUGUUAAACGUUAUGUUGCAACACUAGACCUAGAACUAUUUUAUGGUUGGUGUUUUCUCCAAGGUUCCACUUUUAACCAGGUUCAGCAAAACAAAUCACUUUUCUUAAAAAUGCACAUACAUUAUCUUAGAAUUUUACUUUUUUGUUGCAUUUUGCAUGUUUGUUUUAUUUUGGUGCAACACUUUUAA